AUGAACAACGAAGAGAACUCUGUUCUUAACAAGCCUGUGUCUGAUACCGUAGUAGCCAAGGAGAUCAACACAGAAGAAAGCGGUGAGAAACAGAACCAAACAGAGACUGUGACCACUGAAACAACUGUCGAAGCUAAGGAGACUUCUCCGGUCGAACCGACCAAGGAAACAGCUCCUGUUGCUGAAACAGUGGUUGUAGCAGCCGUGGAAGAGCCUUCUUCAACUGGUGAGGUUGCAGCAGCACCUGAGAAAGUGGAGAAAGCAGAGGCUGUACCAGAAAAGGUUGAGGAAGCGGUUGCUGUACCGGAAAAGGUUGAGUUUGCGGCGGAAACGGUGAAAGCGGUUGAGGCUGAACCAGUAAAGGAGGAGAGUAAAAAAGAAGAGAAAGAAACUGUUGUCACUGUUUGA